AUGAAGUUCAACGUUCCUUUCGGUCUGGCUACCGCAAUCAUUCUGGCCCCUGCUGCGCUUGCUCAAGAUCCGUUUGAGGUUCCGCAUGGUGCUAUUCCUACCUACACGCCUCCGGCUUCCGCUACCACCUCGAGCAGCACAAUCGGCGGUACUCAGCCCUCCAGUAUUUACCCUUCUACCACCCCUAGCAUUGCGGUGCCAGGUGGUGGUUUUGGCCACGGAGGAUAUACCUCUUCUAGUGCAUAUCCCUCCAUGAGUGCUCACCCGAGUGGUGGCUUCGGUCACCAUGGCCACCAUGGCCAUCAUGGUUACGGUGGCUUUCCUCCUGGAGGCUUUGGAGGCUUCGGUCCCGGUGGCCACGGUGGCCGUGGUGGCCAUGCCAAUGCUCCUCCUUCUGCACGUUCUGUUGGCACAGUCGAAGCCCUCGGUCGGGGUGGCUAUAAUAGCGCUCCUUCUGAAAUUGAUGAAGAAUUAUUCGUUGGUUCCGACGCUCAGAAGCCAGGUGACUCGGCUGAAAGUACGGAGCAAUUCAAGCGUCUGCAUGCCCGCCAGGUUCGGCCUUUCCAGGCCUGA